UGUCCGGCGGACCUAUAGUUCCGGCCUCGGCGCUCCGGCGGAAAGUUUUGCGGACGGACUGUGCGGGUGAUGGGGCACGGGGUGAGGGAGGGAGGCAGGCCGGAGUCUCUAGCUUGUCUCUGAUUGCUUGUUGGGGUUGCCGGAGAAGGGGUCGGCGGCGGAGGAUUACUCGGGGUCAAAGCCCGGCCUUCCCGCCGCCACGGCUGCCUCCUUGGGCAGUCUCUGCGGCGCCAGUUCCGGGGUGCUGGCCUCCCCUCGCUUUGCCUCGCGGGAUCAUCGCUCCUCAUUAGCAUCACGAUUUCGGCCCCCUGCCCAGGCCCCCUUCGCCUCCUCUUCCCAUUAGAGACGUCCAGAUCUCAAAAUUUUGGGGCUGAUUUUAAGCAUUUCUCUGUCUCUAGCUGUCUUUUUGCAUUCUGAUUGGGAACACUGGGAUCACUUUCAUCAUGCCAACAGUGGUGGUAAUGGACGUAUCCCUUUCCAUGACCCGACCUGUGUCUGUCGAGGGGUCUGAGGAAUAUCAGCGCAAGCAUCUGGCAGCCCAUGGUUUGACAAUGCUAUUUGAGCACAUGGCCACGAAUUACAAGCUCGAGUUUACCGCUCUUGUGGUUUUUUCAUCACUGUGGGAGUUGAUGGUUCCCUUCACAAGAGAUUAUAACACCCUACAGGAGGCACUAAGUAAUAUGGAUGAUUAUGAUAAAACCUGCUUGGAAUCGGCAUUAGUUGGUGUUUGCAAUAUCGUGCAGCAAGAGUGGGGUGGUGCAAUUCCUUGUCAGGUUGUCCUGGUGACAGAUGGCUGUCUUGGCAUUGGCAGAGGGUCACUGCGGCACUCCCUAGCUACUCACAGCCAACGCAGCGAGAGCAACAGGUUCCCUCUACCUUUUCCUUUCCCGUCUAAGUUAUACAUCAUGUGCAUGGCAAAUCUGGAGGAGCUUCAAAGCACUGACUCCUUGGAUUGCCUUGAACGUCUUAUAGAUUUAAACAAUGGUGAAGGACAGAUUUUUACUAUUGAUGGUCCCCUCUGCUUGAAAAAUGUACAGUCUAUGUUUGGAAAACUGAUAGAUCUGGCAUAUACACCUUUCCAUGCUGUUCUCAAGUGUGGCCACCUAACUGCUGAUGUGCAAGUCUUCCCCAGGCCAGAAUCUUUUGUUGUAGAUGAGGAAAUCGAUCCUAUCCCUAAAGUCAUUAACACAGAUUUGGAAAUAGUGGGAUUUAUUGAUAUAGCUGAUAUUUCAAGUCCCCCAGUUCUGUCCAGACAUCUUGUCCUACCUAUAGCACUUAACAAAGAAGGUGAUGAGGUGGGUACUGGUAUAACCGAUGACAACGAAGAUGAAAAUUCAGCCAAUCAGAUUGCAGGCAAAAUACCCAACUUUUGUGUCCUGCUCCAUGGCAGCCUAAAGGUGGAAGGAAUGGUGGCAAUAGUUCAGUUAGGUCCUGAAUGGCAUGGAAUGCUCUACUCCCAAGCUGACAGCAAGAAGAAAUCAAACCUCAUGAUGUCUCUCUUUGAGCCUGGCCCAGAACCUCUCCCUUGGCUAGGGAAAAUGGCACAGUUGGGUCCCAUUUCAGAUGCUAAAGAAAACCCUUAUGGUGAGGACGAUAAUAAGAGCCCAUUCCCCCUACAGCCCAAAAACAAACGCAGUUAUGCCCAGAAUGUGACUGUCUGGAUCAAACCCAGUGGCCUGCAGACAGACGUACAGAAGAUUUUAAGAAAUGCAAGGAAACUACCUGAAAAAACGCAAACUUUCUAUAAGGAGCUAAAUCGUUUACGAAAGGCUGCUCUGGCCUUUGGUUUCCUGGACUUGCUCAAAGGGGUGGCUGACAUGCUGGAAAGGGAGUGCACACUGCUGCCCGACACAGCCCAUCCUGAUGCUGCGUUCCAGCUGACCCAUGCCGCCCAGCAGCUCAAGCUAGCCAGUACUGGCACCUCUGAGUAUGCCGGGUAUGACCACAACAUUACACCUUUGCAGACAGACUUCUCUGGGAGCAGCACUGAAAGAAUGUGAAGCUGACUUUGGGAGCCUUCCUUCUUUUUUUCAAGUGAAAAUGAUUUAAGGUAAAAACUUUUCUCGUCUGUUCACCUGUUGAAGUAGCUACUCAGAGACCUUCCUGAGGCUGCUUCAGAAGCACCACUUGUGGGUUGGACUCUGCUAGUCUGAGUGGGGCUCUGCAAAGGUGGGCAGUUGCUUGGGCUUUGACUUCAGCUUUUUGGAGCUCAGAGUCUUUAAGCCCGAAAGACAACUGUUGCUCCCACAGUGGCCACAUCUCCUGAGAUGCUUGAAGAACUGACCAGCACAGAACCGUCCCCACCUUCCUCAGGAAACCUAAAACCUGGGUUCUCUGCUGCCAAAAGACCUCUUCACUCCUCUCCUCUCCCAACCAUGGGACAUUUUCAAGCUUCUCUGCUUGGAAUGAACAGCCCAGACUGUCUGGGACUUGCUAAACACAAGCCCAAAAUCACAGAGUUUCAGAAUUUCCUUAGAACUUGGACAAAAACUCAGUGGUAAUCCUUAGUUGCUUUUGGUGUACUUGAGAUACAAAUUUUUAAACAGCAAUCUUAAAUGUAUAAAAUGAUUCUCGUAUCUUCAAAUUUUUAAUGAUAAUAAAAUGUUUGAUUUUUUA